CCAACAAUCACCAAAGUUGUCCAGAACAACCACCCACCCCCAACAACCAACAACACCAACGCUACCAUACAUAAAUUCAUAUAGGCCCAAUGUCCGACCAAACCCGUCUUAAAUCCACUAUCUUUAUCGGCGGCCUAGACCAAUCCGUCACGAAGGAAAUCCUCCACAGUGCCUUCCUCCCCUUCGGCGAUAUCCAGGAAGUGCAGCUACCCCGCGACGACCGUCAACCGAACACGGCGCACAGGGGAUUUGGCUACGUCGAGUUCGAGGCGGUGGGCGACGCGCUCGCUGCUAUCGAUAAUAUGGACCAGGCGGUGCUCGCGGGUCGGGUACUCAACGUGAUGCGGGCGAAGCCACAGAAGGAGGGGACUGUGCUUGGGAGUAAGGUUGCGGUUUGGGCUCAGGAAUCGUGGUUGGCAAAGCAUGAGGUUAGUGAGGAGGAUAGGGCUGCUGCUGAGAAGGCUAAGGCGGAAGCUAUGGCGAAGGAAGGAGUUGAUCCUAUGCAGGGUCUUGAAGGGCUGGAUGUUGCGGGGCCUAAGCCUGAGUGAUGAUACAUACCUUUUCACUUGUACUUGUAUAUUAUGUACGGCGAGCGAAACUCUUGGUGGCAAAUGGGCAUCUUGUAUGAUAUGACAUGGGCUUUUCUUUUCUUUUCUUUUUACAUUGGGAGUUUUGUUUUUCUUGUUUCUAUCACAUUAUCGAGAGAAGGGGGAAAAAAGGAGAGAACAUCCCCAGCCCAACCAGAGGUAACCAUAAUAUCAGAAUCGAAACAUGAGAACUA